GAAGUCCUGUUGCUACUAUAUAAAUUAUAUUUCAAAUAAUAAUAUUUGUGAAAUGUUAACCAAAAAAAAAAUUGCAUGCAAGACCAUGUUCAGUGUCAGUUUAAAUUUUAUUUUUUUAUAGUUAAAUUUAUUUAAUUAGUUUUAUGUGUGAGUGUAAAUAAAAUAAUACACUAUAUCGUGAAUGAAAUAUGAAUAAGUGUUCAUCGUUUCUUUUAAACGACGUUAAAGGACUGUCGGAUGUAUCGCUCAUUGCUGGCCAGACUCCGAACAGCUGGACAGACAUGGGGACACUUGAGUCGGCUCAGGAGGAAGGUCCAACGGUGGUUAAAAGUAAUGGUGCCGCGCAAGAAGAAGCCACACCUAAAAGCCACUUCGGAGUUCUUCAUAUAGGUAGCUUGAACAUGAAGUCCAAGUCAUGUUACGACAAAUGUUUGGAGUUAACGUUUGUGAUGCUGGGCGUCGUUACUAUUUUCAAAUGCUUCGGAGUGAUCGUAGUGACAAUAUCGACCGCCAUCGCGACCAAGUUGUACAGCAGCCAGCAAUCAGGGCGGCUGGUCGCCAUGAUUACGGUGGCGGUGACGGCCGCCAUUGCUUUGUCGGUGGUCAUUUACGCCAUCGUCGGGGUCUUUAGGAAGUACAAGAAGCCACUGCAUGCGACCACUAUAGUUCUCACGAUACUCGCGAUUCUGCAAGCGAUCAUCAGCGGUGUGUCAGUGAUGGUGACGACAGAGGAUGAGCAGGUCUUGGACGGGUCUCUCUCCGAGUCGUUUCAACUUGCUAUGGAGGACAAUCCGAAACAUAUGAAACUGUGGGACACCACUCACCACGACCUUAAAUGCUGCGGUCUAUACGGCGCACAGGAUUAUAGAACAGUGCAGGCGAGUUUCUUACCACCGGAGGUGCCAAUCUCCUGCUGCCCCACAUAUGACCCCACCAGAUCCGAGCUGGUACAAGAGAGAGAACGGGAGAUCUGCAAAGCUCGAAGAAGUUACUACACAACCGGCUGUAGACAACCUGUUUUGGACAUGUUUAGGGAAACGUCUACAGUCGUUUUGAUCGUCGUCGUAAUACUUAUCGUACUUGAGAUUAUUCUAGCAAUAUUAGGAGGAAUGUUAUACAAAAAACAAAAGGAAAGGAGCCGAAGAAAUGCUGACAAUAUCGAAGAACCGGCACCGAACACUUGAUUUCGAGAAAGAUCUUAUGUACCUACCGUAAAGAAAUUGUUGAUGUCUGAAUUUUUAAAAAUGUUAUAGCUUACCUAUAAACUUACAAAACAAUAUAAAAGAAAAGGGUCAAGUGUCCGCAUAAUUUUUUUUUGUUGUAUAAAAUGAAAUAGGUUGUUUUCAAAUUAAAUGAAAAUCUUAUAAAUAUGGACUUUAGGUUGGUGCAACUAAUUAAGAUUGUUUUUGGUAAUAUUAAUAAAUUAUUGUAAAUUAUCGGUAUGGUAACUUGUUACCCAUUUAAUUGAACAAAGUAAAAUUAAAUCCUUACUUGUUAUAUAUAAUAAUGAUUAAACCAAAAUCACAACGAAUUAAAUAACAUCUAUCUAUUUUUAAUUAAAAUAAUUUGAUAAAUAAAUUGAAAUUAGACAUUUAUGAAUGAAGUAGAUAUAGUUGGCGCCACUAGCGCAAAAACUAGUUAGUUUGAAGCAUGGGAUUUGAACAAAAAAGUGACACUUAUAUUUUAGUAUGUAUAUUGAGUAAUAAAAAGAUACUAUAGUAUUAUAUUUAAAUGUAAAUCUAAUUAAGCUAACAAAUAAUGUAAUUAAAUUAAUAUUUGACAAUUGAGAUCGUAGCAAGUGCAGCGCCAACUAGUGAUAAUCAACUGAAUCUCCGUUGUAAAUUUUUAUCAUAAGAUCUAAGCGUGUGUUAUACACGCUAAAGAUUUUAUCUUGAUUGAUGUUAUUAAAUAUGCCUAAUUGCCUAAUUAAAGAAUUGAUAUUAUUUUUAAUUCGAUUAAUAAAAAUGAUGAGACUGGCAUUAGUUUUUUUAAUCAUUAUUUUAGAGCCAUCUAUUAAACUUUUAUGAUACUAUAAUAAAAUUUAGUUACUGCUAUUCGCCACUUAUAGUUAUACACAUAAAUUAAUAGAUGGCGCUGUUUAUAUUUUAUUUUAAAACCCCUAUACAUAAUAAAUUUCUAAAAUUAAUAUCUUUGAAUUUAUACUGACAAAAUGUAAUACACACUUUGUUUUUCCA